UUUAGCCUCGCUAGAUUUCUUGAUCUUCUCACUGCGCGCGAAUUAAUCGUUCGGUUAUGUUAUGAAUCAGACUCCGCAGACACAAUCCGUAGUCGCGCUCGAACCACCGUCGUGAGUGCCGCUUAAAAGCGCAAAAACGUGCAUCGCACGCCUUUUCCAUUCACUCCGAUGAGAUGAGCAAGUACUCAUGACAUUUACCACGCGAUAAAGCUCGUAAUCGCACCUCGAAAGUGCAAAUCAGUAUAAAAUAAAAUAGUGCGAAGAAAACUCUAACAGUACUUAACUUAUCAAGUGAUGCGAAUACAGUUUUAUCAUAUUUUUAUUCAGAAAAGUGUGUGAAUCCUGUCAGCGUGGUUAUAGAUUGUGAGAAACUCAGUGUAUUGUUAAGAUUUAUAAAUGCAGUGAUUGUUGCGAAGCAGACGCAGCGAAGAAAUAAAAGUUUAUUAAAAUUCAUAGGUGAUCGUUUCCUGUCUCUUGCUGCUUUUUUCGUUUUUCUUCACGACUAAAAGCGUGUGUAUAAAAUUGGUGGCUUCGAAGAUAUUUUUGGAAAAGUUGUGCAUACAAUUAAUUUUAUAAAUUCCAAUCGGAUUGAAAUACACUUUCGUAAUGUUGCGUUGCGUCGUUGCGGCUGCUCCUAGCCGGAUCGAGUUCUUUCUUGCUCGAUUGACGUCGUCGCGGCCUAGCCGCCUACGCGCACACCUUUUCUAAAUUCAUUGCUACCGAGUUCGAGUCUUAUUACUACAUUUGAACACGGUGUGAUUAAGUCACAAACGAAAAAGUCUAUGGAUAAAUAUUGUGAAACACUCUUGAAGUGUGAUUAUUAAACUAUGAUGUUUUUAAAAACAAUAAAUCAUCAAAUUUUACCUUUAUACAUAUCAAAGUGAAGUAAAUCAAGUGUAAAAAUACAUUAUUAUGUUGGAUCUUGUACGAAGGAAUAGUGGCAGAUCGAAAUUACGACCGCAAAGUUUAUUACAAAAGAAGGAUACAACAAACGGCGAUUGUCAAGAUGGCCGCUUGUACCAAGCGCAUCCUGUCACGUGCGCUAGCCACACGUGGAAGUUUCUACGUGUUCGGCCCAAGUCGCUUAGUGAUGUUGUUUCUUCGUCGUCCCCCGUGAGCGGCGGUUCACCGACGCGGUAUUCGCCGCUCGCCCGCAGGACAAUGGACAGUCCGCGCGACUCGCCGCAGCAUCAUCAUCUCCAAGCACAAUCCAACGACAAGGCUACCCUCAAGGUGCACCUGCCAAAUGGUGGCUUCAAUGUGGUGAAAUACGGCGACAAUAUCGACAUUAAAGGCAUAAUUUCGCUCUGCACUGAUCGUCUGUCCAACGAUGCGCGUUAUUUCAAAGGACUGUAUGGCAUGCGACUGGUGCACCCCGCCUCCGGGCACACUUUCUGGCUGCAUCAGAACACGUCAAUGCAGCACAUUCAAGAAACGCAUCUCAAACGCCACCCAGCAGCCGAGUGGCGCUUUGAACUGCGCCUUCGUUACCUCCCUGAUAAUCUCCACCAGCUGUAUGAAAAGGAUCGUACGACUUUCUCGUUUUACUUCGACCAGGUGCGCGCCGACUAUCUCAACUCCAACCUUAACGUUGAGCAGGACAUUGCGCUGCAACUCUGCUGCCUGCAGAUACGUUACUUCUACAAGGAGACCCCUUCAAGCGCACUCGAAAAAAAGUCCUACCUUGAAUACCUUGAGCGCGAGGAGGGUAUGAAUAAGUUCAUACCGAGACAUGUUCUUGAUACAAUUAAACCCAAAGCGUUGAGGAAAUCAAUACAAGCAUGUUUUAAGAAGUUUAGUCACAUGACUGAGAUUGACUGCAUGUUUAAAUUCUUUGAGAUGCUGCGGAUUUAUAUGGAUUUUGAUCAUGAGCGGUUUUCGGUGGAAAUGGGGAAUAUGUGGCAUGUGCCGAUUGAGUUGGUGAUUGGGCCGAACAGUGGCGUCACGUACUCGGUGUUACAGAACGGUAAUGCUAAUAUGGUCAAAGUGGGAGACUUUGACGCGAUCAGCGCGAUCGAAACGCUAGUCAAUGAAUGUGAUAAGAACAGCAAGGCGACGCUACAGCUGCGCAUUGAUGGGGCCGACGAGGCGUUUACUAUAACGUGCGCGAACGUGGAAGUGACUGAAAGUAUCGCGGAUUUAAUCGAUGGGUACUGCCGGUUACACCAUGGACGUCCGAAUUCUAUUUGGACUAAAAGAGUCGCGCAGUCGUCAGGAGGAAAACAGAAAGCGCACAAGCGCGACGGAGCCAAAGAAUCAUCGCGGACCGGCAAAGCGAUGCUUUCCGAGGAUUACGCGGAAAUUGUUGAUGAGGAGGGUGAUUAUUCAACACCUGCAACUCGUGAUUAUGUGCUCAUACGAGAACAAAUUGAACUGAUGGACAUUUUGGGUGAGGGACAAUUCGGAGAUGUUCACAAAGGAAUCUACAAGUACAAAGAUGGCACACAAAUUGCUGUGGCGGUAAAAACUUGCAAAGGUGACGCCGAGGCAACGGAAAAGUUCCUGGAAGAAGCAUAUAUAAUGCAAAAGUUUGAUCACCAACACAUUAUAAAACUAAUUGGCGUUUGCUCUGACUCUCCCGUAUGGAUUGUCAUGGAGCUGGCGAAGUUAGGCGAGUUGCGCGCUUAUCUUCAGAAUAACAAAGAUAAACUAGAACUAGAGACGCUCAUUCAAUUUACAUUCCAAUUGUCGACGGCGCUCAGCUACUUGGAGUCGAAGAAGUAUGUACAUCGCGACAUUGCCGCGCGUAAUGUACUAGUCAGUUCGACGACAUGUGUAAAGUUGGCCGAUUUUGGUCUAUCCCGUUCGAUGGGCGACAAUCAAAGUUACUAUAAAGCCAGCAAAGGAAAACUGCCUAUCAAGUGGAUGAGUCCCGAGAGUAUUAACUACAGGAGGUUUACUACUGCCAGUGAUGUUUGGAUGUUUGGUGUAUGCAUGUGGGAAAUCAUGAUGUUGGGUGUCAAACCGUUUCAAAACGUGAAGAAUAACGAUGUCAUUGCAAAAAUUGAAAAUGGUGAACGGCUACCACUGCCUGCUGGUUGUCCCCCAAGGUUGUAUUCACUGAUGUCACAAUGUUGGAGUGAAGAACCAAGCAAGAGACCAAUGUUUAAGGAAAUUAGAGAGAUUUUAAAUGAGAUUCUACGCGACGAAAAGUCCGCCGCUCAAAUGACACUAAAACGUGAACAACGACGAGUUGCGGGAAUGUCCUGGGGUUUCACUGACGACGCAGCUCCACCACCAAAACCAUCUCGGCAUCCACUGCAAGGCGUCGAUUCGAACUCGAUUGCGUCCUUUUCCGCUACGGCCACUCCGCAGACGUACAUCAUAGCACAGAAUCCGGCUGUUCUUGCGCAACUUAUGAAGGAAAACGAAGGACGUAGCGUCACGCCUGCAGCAUACACCACACCAGCUUCGGUAUUUAACACUGUUGCUGUAGACUUCGAUAAAGACGAACAAAUUCCCGAAGCAGCUCCUGUCCUAUCCUUGAAAACUAUUCCUAUUCCUGUGGAUAAACUUCACAAGUUAGAUCCAGAAUGUUCCGAAACCGCAGCCGGGGAACAACCGAUGAAAUCGAAGUUUGGGACAUUGGAACGUACGCCGUCGCGCAGCAGUGGUGGCGGUGUCGGGACACCGCUGAUGGGAUCCCUCGAGCGCGUCACCAAACAGAAAGCGAACUCCUUGGAGCGUCACACGUCGCUCGCGAACAGUUCGCAUAAUAGUAUUGAUAAGUUGUGUAGUUUACCACCAAGUUCAGGUGUUUUUAGUCCAAAGAUGGGUUCACUUGAGCGACGUGGGUCACCCAAAUGUAGUUCUCUUGAACGUGGUACCGUAUUAGGUGAAGUUAUGCAUCAACGUAGUUUUGAUUCUCCUCUGGCUCAAAACUACGGUAAUGUGGGUAAUGUAGGCGCGCUUGAGGAGUCUAUCUAUGACUUUGGAGGCGUCGACGUGAAAAGUUGUGCUUAUAAACAACCGUACUAUCAACAACAACAGCAACACCAGCAACAACGUCAGCAGCAGUAUCCUUGCGUCAUUGAUCCAUCAAUGACUAGUUUAGACAUGAACUACAAAUCGCAAUUGAACGCUCAAUUGUUGGAACAAAGAUUGCUGCAACAACAGAAAGAAUCUGAAGAAGAUUCUCGUUGGUUGGCGGAAUCUGAGACAAAUUUAAAAAAACGGUUGAGCGUAAUUGCACCAGAAUCUGCAGAACAAUUAUCUGAAACAUCGCAGUAUCUAACGGCAUCAGUGCCGAAUAGUCCGUCCUCACUGCAUCACUCUCAAUCUUCGCAGCUCUCUUCUAGUCUUGCUAACAUGUCGAUGAACGGCAGCGGCAGCUGCGGACCGAAAAGUCUUUCUCCCGCGAAUAGUACUACGUCAACAUCGACACUCACAGAUCGUGAAGAUCCGGACAUACAACGUAGAUCACAAAAGGCGACGGCGGAACUUGAUCGUACUAAUGAUUCAGUGUACGAUUGUACAACUCAGGUUGUGAAGGCGGUAAUGUCUCUCAGCCAAGGUGUGCAACAGGCCCAGGCGGAUUUAUACCUUGAGUUUGUCAAGAAAGUCGGCUUGGAUUUGCGUGCUCUGCUAGCCAGUGUUGAUUCCAUCAUCAUGGCAUUUCCACCGUGUGUUCAUCGUGAAGUUGAGAUGGCACACAAGGUGCUCUCUAAGGACAUGUCCGAACUAGUCAACGCGAUGAAACUUGCUUUGGUAUAUCGUAACACUACGUUGGAUGCAGAACAAAGAAAAGGGAUGUUGAGUGCUGCACACAUAUUAGCCAUGGACUCGAAAAAUCUCUUAGAUGUAGUCGACGCCAUUCGACUACGGUACCCUCACAUAGACCCCUUCGUAUGCACUGCCGGCGGCGGCAACUCACACUCCUACGGAUCUGACGAACUCCAGCACUUGCAAGAUGAAGAUGACUUGGUUAAUAAGUUACCGCCGCCGGUGUCCUGUUCAUUUGUCCAGACGCCAGCGUACGCGCGUGGUGUUUCCAACGCCGCCCCAAAACCGGCGAUGACGGCAACAAAUACGCCACCCGUCACCCCUACCGAAGUGGAUAGUUAGAUAGCUAAAGGUCUGCGAGAUACGUUUUACUCGAUAGUAGUUAGGUGUAUUUAUUACGAUGUCUUGACGGAUUUGCCCACUGAUAGACAAUUGCUUUAUCAUCAUCAUCCUCUUGUGACUUGAAUAAUGAGAUUUUACGAAUUUUACAAAUUUGUACGCUUGAUGUGCGUUUUAUCAAAACAUUGUCGCAUAGAAACGUAUUGCAACUUGUUAUCCCAUCGCAAAAUUAUCAAAUCAUAGAAAUAUUUAUUUAAUAAUGUGUAAUGUUACAAUUAUUAUGUGGAUAGACGAUAGGAUAUAUUUUUCGGGUGCGUAGGAUGGACAACGAAGGUGUGCUCCCGAGCGACGUAUGUAUUGUAUGCUCAUUCCAGUUUUGACUUGCGUGUUAUUUGCAUUUUUUGUUUUGUAUGUAAAGAAAAAAUAUAUGAGAGAGAAUGUAACAACUUUGAA